AUGCUUCCUCCCAUCGUCUCGCUGGUUCGCUAUGAUAUCCCCGUGCUCGUGGCAUCGUCCAAGGGCAAGUUGAAGGCUCCAACGGUUGCAAGUCAGACAGCAGACGUCCUCAACUCCAUCCUUCCUCCCAGGGAAUGGACGGAGGACGGACAGUUGUGGGUGCAGUUUGUGUCCAGCACGCCGGCGACAAGGCUGGAUGUCAUCAAUCUACAGGAGGAGCUGGACUCGAAGCUUCAGACGAGGCAGGCGAGGGAGACGGGCAUCUGCCCGGUCCGAGAAGAGCUCUUCCGUCAGACAUUCGACGAAGUGAUCAGACAGGUCACGAUCAACUGUGCGGAGCGAGGGUUGCUGCUGCUCCGGGUGCGCGACGAGAUCAGGAUGAGGAUAGCAGCGUAUCAGACACUUUACGAGAGCUGUAUUGCAUUUGGAAUGCGCAAGGCACUGCUCUCUGAGCAAAGAAAGAUGGAGAUGGAAGAGAAUGUAAACAGACUUGUCACUGAGAACUCGGAUCUCGAGAGGCAAGUUCAAGAGUUGAAGGAACUGUGCGAAGCUACAGAGAGGAAAGAGCUCGAGAGACGGACGUUGGACGAGAAGAAACAUGCGGAUGAAGUUCAGAGCUUGACCAAGUCAAAUGCGGAGUUCAAGAAGAAGCUCGAAGAUUUACUGGCUCCUUCUCAGCCUGCUACUCAUAAAAAAUGA